GCUUAUUUUCUCAUAUUCAUUUGAAACUAAAAAUAAGAAAAAUCGUUCGUUUAGAUUGUUGUUUUGAAACUGUGGAUUUCAGCGUGCGCUCUAAGUAAAAAAGCGGAGCUGAGGUUAAGGAACCGCCCUAAAGCCGGUACUGUAACGUGACCACACGCGGCUGUGAAUCUUGUGCUCGCUCUCGCUCAUUCGCACUGCAGACUGUCGCAGGGUUUCCUGUUCUAACCCGAGGACCUAGACUACUUUUAAAAUUCCCGUUAGGCCUCAAGGACAAAAAGUCACAAAUACACCAUCUACUGCCAAUAUUUAAUAUCAUUUCGGACUUUUAACAUGUGGAAGAAGCUCUCGACAUGGACGCUUCUAGCGGUCUUUUCUCUGCUGAUAGUGAAAGGCAUAAGUCAGGAUCUUGACUUGGCUGAUGCGUUUGACGAUGACACGCCACCCAUGGCUACCCAACCACCUAAAGUGGACCCAGCAGGUGGUGCAGGAGGAGCAGUGAAACCCAGUCCAAAACCUGCUAAGCCCACAGUCAAAGAACCAGCAAAGGCCAAACCCAAACAAACAGGUCCUGGCGACCUUGAUCUCGCAGAUGCCCUGGCAAACAAUGACAUCGGAGGAAAGGGCAAAGACUCUGGCAAAGGCGAUAAAGACUUCGGAGAAGGGGGCCGUGAUGACGGCAGACCCAAUAGCAGAGGUGGUAAUGAAUUUUCAGACGAUGACCUUUUAGGUGUGGCCGAUGAUAAAACCUACAACCCUGAUAAGGGCAAAGGUGGAAAACCCGGAAGCAGUAUUGGCGGCGACGUGGAUCCUGCCGAUGAAAAUAACUAUGACACCAUGGCUGAGACCGGAACCAUCGCUGGUAUUGUGAGCGCUGUUGGAAUGGCUCUGGUUGGUGCAGUGAGCGGCUACAUCUCCUACCAGAAGAAGAAGCUUUGCUUCAGCAUACAGCAGAGUCUGAAUGCAGAUAUGGUGAAGGCAGAUGCCCCAGAUGCUGUUGUCGCACAGGAGCCACAAGUUCAACAAACUCUUCUCCAGCCUCCCAACGCUGAGCCGCCGACAGAGGAAAACGUGGUGUAAUCAGUCCAAACUGAAGAGGGCGCAGUUCGAAAUCGUUGUUCUCCUAUUUGAAUGCCACUAUAUUUCCCAGCAGAGCACAUUUGCACCACAAUGCCCUUUUUUAAGUAUCAAUGUGACUGUUGAAAUCAACCUUUAACAUAGUGUAAUGUCUUUUAAUUGAGUAUAUAACAUCUGUUUACGUGCAACGAUGCUAGUAAGCCUGUUUGCAAUAAUAUUGCUAUGAAAUGGGAAAACACCUAAAAAAGAUUUUUUUUUUUUUUUAGCAUGAUCUGCUGAGACCCGAGAAAUUAAACUUGGAUCUCUUUAUGGAGCCCAUACAAAAAGUCCCACACAUACUGCGCUACAGUCUUAUUGUUUGUCAGAUCAACUCAUUCCUAUUGUGCAGAAAUGCAUAUUAAACAGUGAGACAACUGAUUAAUCCAAGGUUUACAAAAACGGCUGAUUGGAUAAUCAUUGAAUUAUGCUUUUAUAGGUCAAUAAUGUGUUUUUCUUUUGUUUUCACAGCAAGACAGGCUUAUCAGAUUGGUUGUUAUGGAAUCCGCAAGAUGAUGAAGAAUUUGUGAAGUGUCAUUUUGUUUGUUUUAACUUGAUCUGUAUAUAUUUGCCUUGCUUUCACAGAGCAAUGUGAAAAGAUUGUUACACAUAUAUAUGCAGUUUUUUGUGUCUUAGCUAACUUUUUACUAGAGUGACUUUUUGAGGAAAAAAAAAAUUGACGCUUAAGUCAGAAACUAACCGACAGCUGCUUCCUUCUAAAUUGCUUUUUUUUCUUUGUAAUGACUAAAAUGGGUAUAACUGUGAAGAUGUGACGUGUGUUGAUGAAGAAACUGCUUUUGUGCGUGUUAGUUGGUCGUCAGUUGUUGCGAUUCCUUUUUAGGAAUAGAUCAUUUUGGCAUGAUCAAAAUAACUAGAUACAUUUGCGUAACUUGUGGGUGAAAGUAACCAAAAAGUAGUGUUUUCAUGUUAGCGCAAUACUUAAGCAGUGUAGUAACUCUCGCAUCGCUAAUUCUGAUCGAUUGCCUUUUUUUGGGGAUUUUAAGGGAUUAAUGUGCUUGUAAAUCGCGUACCGUUUCCAAGUUUUCCAUCAGUGUAUCUCUAUUUACACUUGUAGCAGUAAAUGUACAGAAAUGUUUGUGCCCCCCAGUCUUUUGAAUUAUGGGGAGUAGUUUUUCGCCCAAGCUUAGUGUUUGUAUCGUUUCUAGCAUGUUUGAGCGUUAGCUUUGAGACUUUUCGAGAAUUGUUGCACCCUUCCCAGUUUUGCUAUUGCCUUAAUGAGUCCCUAAAGCUGCUUUCCCGUUUUGCUAAUUUACCCACCCUGUUUGGGUGUGGCGUUUGUGCCACUGAGCUCGACCAGACCCUUCAUUUCUUCUGAUUUGGAAGGCCACCAUCUGUUAGCAAAACUGGAUUGGAAAGCAGCUCAGUCCUUACCAUCCUCUCCAUGACUUGAGAUCCUCCAGAUUUUCCUGUAGCUGUUGUUUUUCACUGUGAAUUCAGGUGCACCUUUGUUACUCCCAACCUAAGCCCUUGCCAAUGGUGCUUUCCUUCCCAAUGCCUUACCACACUAACAUUAGGGAAGACACGCUAGCUUACUUACACGGCACUAACAAUCACGAUCAUUAGAAGGGCUGCCUCACUUGAAUGUCUACAAACCAGACGUACCAGGUUAAGUACGUUGUUCCAAUUCAAAGGUGUGGUCACAUUCGCUGAGCUCCGAAGCAAGCGCUCGCAUAGAAGUCAGUGAGAAACCACAAGGCUUUCUGUUGGUCAACAUGGCGUAUUUAGGUGACAGACUUUAACGCAGAAAUCUUUUGAUUCAUAUAAAAAUGGCCGGAUUUCACCCACGAAAAUUGCCGAAUAAGGGUAAAUGUGACCACACUUUAACACCCCAUUGCAGUUUAAACACUUGUUAACUCACAUGCCCAACAUAAAGUAGAUUUACAAGUCUUGCAAAUGGUGAUGUCAGAAACCCAGCUGCGCAGAACGUUCCUUGGUACUUUCCUUUAAACGGCACGUUCUACCGAGGCUUUUGCACAGUAUCUAGGGUGAAAACAGAAUGUUAGCUGAAUGUAACUUUUUACUGCUUUGGCUACCAGAACAAUGUAGCUUUUUUGGUGCUACACUUGUCAGAAAUGAAGAACACCAAAGAUGAAAUGUGAUGGUUUUGCCUUUUUGCAUGUUCUUUGACUUUGGUGUGAGUCUUGUUGAAUGAAUUUGAAAGUAAAAGAUACAACGGUCUCGUCAAGGCAAGAAAUUCACAAGUGUCUUGAACAUUUUUGUCAACAUUAUCAUCGGUUUGUGUUGAAUUUGUUGCUUGGACACAUGGUGUGACUGUUAAACACCUCCCUAAUACUUUCAAUUGACCUGAAUCUAUUGAAUCUACAUUUCUGGCUACUAUAUGGUGGAUGUUUAGUUUGUAAGGAUCUCUGGGCUCUCUGGUGUCGUUUGGCCAGUGUAGUUGCAAUUUUGUCAAAACAAGGGUGUAUGUGCUGAACUGUACAGAUAUGCAUGUUUUGGAUUCUAGCUGUAGAUAUUAAAGUUUUUUUUCUUGUG